AUCACAAUCGUUCAAUAAGAUAAAAUACUAUAUAUAUCGUUCAAUAAGAUAAAAUACAGUAUUAUUUGUACGCCCUGUUCUCUAGCUGAACUAAGAAAAAGUAUUAAAGGCCUGGGAACAAGGCUAAAAAUUUAGUCUCAGCAGUCAUGUCUGAGUCACAUUUGAUCUAUCCUAACUUAGCAGCAUUGAGCAAUUUCGACAGAGACCUCAACUACACUGGCAUUGUCACUGAAGGCUGGGAUGACCCUCUCAACCUGGUUCCAGUGGUACUGCUAGUGCUCUGCCUCUACUGCGGUCUACCCUCAGGGUUCCAGUCAAUAUGGGCUCUGUCUAAUGCUGUCAUAUUCCACCCUAUGGACUACAUUGUAGGAGCCCUUGGUCGUGGCCCCAAGUAUCUGACUGAUGAGUAUGCCAUCCUAGACGCUCGAUACUGGCCCUUGAAUGACCCCUCUGUCACCUGGAUCUCCAAUGUGGAGCUGGUCGUCAUGCUUCCUCUCUGCUUUUUCUGGUACAAAGGCUGUGUGCAGGGAAAGUCAUACCGACAUGUGUGUGGUCUUCUGGCAUCUGGCUUCCAGAUGAUGGGAACCCUCCUCUACUUUGGCCCUGAGUGGCAAAUGGGGUUCAUUCACCUACCAACACAUUUAUUACAUGGCUAUGAGAAAGGCCCGAGAUCUACUACAAGGGCCAAUAAACUGCUUGUGGCACGAAUUGCCAUGUAAUAACUAAUUUGUUGCCUUGAAAACCAUUUUUUGCAUAAUUAUAGGAACCAGCAUAGAACAUAGAAACUACUUGCUGCAUAUAGAUACGAUUUGUUUUGAUAGCUUGAAUUUACACAGUAAGUGCAUCGAAACCAUGCAUGUAGUACAUUUACCACAGGUACCACAAAUGUCUCAUUCAGUGUCACUAUAAAAGCAAUGAUUUGCGGUAUUGGGUGGAGGGUGGUCUUAGGUCACAAAAGGUCACUUUGCACCAGUGCAACUAGCCUCGUUUCCAGCCGAGUUGUCUCUAGCUAGGCCGCCAACAUUCUAUUAAAAAAAAUCGGCCUGGGACCGAGGCUACAGUGCAACAUGCCAUAAUUAUACUGGCACUGCUAUUUCUUUGAUCUCAGAGGUCAAAAGGCAACAAUA